AUGCCGGGUGUUGGAGAAAUCUUCGACAAGGAGAAAGCGCUGGCUUCCAAGCAGAAGGGCAAUGAAGCUUUCGCCAAGAAAGACUGGGCCUCGGCGGUCGGGCACUACACUGCAGCACACUUUGCCGACCCCACAGAGCCAACGUAUCCGCUGAAUCGGGCCAUGGCCUACAUCAAGCUGGGCAAACACAUUGACGCUGAACGAGAUUGCACGACCGCUCUGUCUCUGUCACCAAACAACGUCAAGGCGCUGUAUCGCAGAGCAACAGCUCGUAUGGGAGCAGAUAAGCUCGAGUUGGCCAUCGAAGAUUACGAAACCGUCUUGCGACACGACCCUAAGAAUGCCGAGGCUAAGGCUGGGCUUGCAAAAGCACGUCAAGAUCUACAGAAGUCGAGCGUCCGACGAAGGGAACCAAUCGAUCUACUUGCCACGAAGAAGGCCUCGGACAGCACGCAUCAAUCUUCCAACCUCGAUAUCGAACCAUCAACGCUUAAGGCAAACACGACCUCGAAAGACGCAAGCAGCUCAGUCGAGGCGGCCAGAAGGUUCUUGCAGCAGGUGGGAAUGUCUGACGAGGACGAAGGAGAUUCAUCCAAAUCGAAAGCCUCAAGCAGUGCGUUGCCUCCGCCCAAAUUCCCAGGCGAGACGGGCUCUUUCCUCCGAGAAGUGACCACACGCAAGACAGAAACAAAGUUAUCAACACGGCAGGACAAUCACAGCUUGAACACUUCAGCCACCUCCGUGAAGGUAGCACCUAUCUCUGCGAUGGAAAAGCAGCCUGCAACAGCCGGUACCACCGUUUCCACAUCCAAAAAGACGGCUUCGGCACUCAACUUUGGAGCGUCACCAUCCCAGAGCCGUGCUGUGCUGACUCGACCACCAGGGAAAGCCAAGCCAACGUCGUCCACGAGUAGGAUGUCGUCAAUUGUGUUCCACAGCAAGUGGAAAAACAAGUCUGAGCGCUUGGACUUGCUGUCUAGCAUCGAUCCCGAAACCAUACCAUCCAUGAUCGAUGCCAUGCUCGAGCCUGAGCUUGUCGCAGAGAUCCUGCAGACGCUGACAGAAGCGUUUCGCUCUCAGCCAGACGACGAGUCCACUCUUAUCCAGCUCACCACCCGCAUCUUGGAGGCACUGCCGCGGUGCAAACGAUUUGGCAUGACCGUUUCCAUGCUUGAUACCGACGAGAAGGGCUAUGCAGCCUCUCUCAUCCAAACUAUCUCCAAACCCGACUUGAAGUCGGUGUGGGAGUUAAGCUGA